GCCCAGCAGAGGGAGAAUUAGCAUUUUCUCGAAUGCAGCGCGGUCGAGUUAUGCUCAACGUUUGACAGAUCAUUGUAAAGUGGGGAUCGCGCACAGUCGAGAUGAAGGUAUUAGUAGUCUCAUUUGCGAAAUGUGGAACAAAGACCUUAGCUUCAGCACUUCGCACUCUAGGUUAUUCUGUGUAUGAUUUUGAAGAAAAUCAAAAUUAUCUUAGAGAGGAAUGGAUAAAAAUAAUGACCGAAGGAGGGACAAAGGAAGAUUUUUAUCGAAUGUAUAAAGACGUUGAUGCUGCUGCAGACAUCCCUGCAUGUCUUUUCUGGGAAGAAAUCUCUGAAGCGUUCCCCGACGUUAAGCUUAUUUUCACAUGUCGCAACAAUGAAGAUGAAUGGUUGAAAAGUUAUCAAAUACAGAUGAAGGCUAUUGCAGAUGAUCACUAUGUUGCCACGUGGCCGUUUCUCUCAUGGACAGCUUACAAAAAUUUCCAAUUCGGCCACCAUGCAGGUCGCGUCGCAUUCUGUUGCCCCCCACAAAGAAUGAAUCAAAUUUUUCAGGGUGCAAGUCCAACUGUUGCGAAAAAGAGAUACAGAGAUCACAACACAAGUGUUUUAAAGAGAGCACCAAAGGACCGCCUUUUAAAAAUGAAAUUGUCGGAUGGAUGGGAACCUUUGUGUAAAUUUCUCGGAAAGCCUAUUCCAAGCGAGCAAUUUCCACAUAAAAAUAAAAAAGGAUCAUCGAUGGAGGAAUUCGUUAACGAAAGCCCGUUUGCUCGACAAAUCAAAAGAGAAGUGUUCAUAACGAAGAUUGCCAUUUCAGUGUUAUUAGCUGUGGUUGCUUUCUUUUUCAGCAAGUCAUUUUUCUGAAAGAUGUCACAGAAAUGGAUUCGAAAUCAUCCUGGGACAUAUCUAUUUCAGUAGCGGAGUUGCAAUGUUCAAAAUGGUUUCAGUUAAAUACCUAUUUUUGUCUAGAGAAUUUAUUUAGAAGUAUUUGAGAAUAAAUGUUGCAUAACAACUGGAAAAAUAUUUGCGAACCAAAUGCGGGAUAUUUUGAAGAUGAAAUUAUGCCUCAAACCAAAUGCAGGCGCGUUUUUAUAGACAGUGUGAACAGUAUACAACCAUGGACGUUUCCCCGACCUUCGUACUAUAUCAAAAUUUUUGAUACUUAUUUCAAAGUGAUAAGGAAAGGGUAUAUACGCUUAAAAACUGGUUUACAAGUUCAAAACCAUCAUGUAUAUAUUAAAAUAUUCAACCACGUGCUGUUUACCGGUACUGAUAGCCUAUCUAUCUCUAAUAUAUUUGAUUUUUGAUUAUUGCAACUAAACUAAAGCACCUCGGGGGAUAUGAGUACAAUCAAAUUAUUUACAACUAAUUUUUUGAAAUACGGCUGAAAACUGACAAAUAACAUGCAAAACUGAGACAAUGUUUUCAACUAUGCUAGCCACCAAUAUCUGUCUGAGCGACUGUACAAAUAGUCAUUGUUACGUCAUCGUUGACUUAUUGCUGAUUGGUCAUUGAUACGGAAAUAAACGAGAAAAUCGAUGCCCGGGGAAACAUCCGUGGAUUAGACCAGUGGUUCCCAACCUUUUUUUUAUAUCGCGGCACACUAUUCAAGCACUUUAAAUAUUCGCGGCACAUCUAUCACAAAACAUGAACAUUUAUACUCAUAAAGCCAGUUUGCUAUAAAAUACUAAGAAAAAAAUGAAGAUCAGAUAAAGGACAUUUUAUUCAUGUAAAUACAACAUACCCUUUAUUUACUAACAGAUAUAGAUUAAUAAUGGUGAAUGUCAGUAGGACUGUUAUGCCUUGUGCUUCUUUACUACUGCUGCAAUUUGUGGACAAAUGUGAGGUAGACAUAAUCCUAACUCUCUGAGAGAGACACACUCUUAACGCGGGCGAGAGGGGUUGAGGGGCGCGGUCGCUUUACAAAAUUAUUAUUUCCGAAAAGUGAUGCGAAUAGCAGCACGGGUAAUACGUGGUCUUCAAACGCAUCUCCGAUCACGCGUUUGGUUUUCGUCGCCCUUCCGCGUUCCACGUUACGCCCUUAUUAUUAUCACAGGUAUUCUCACUUUUGCACAACCUAAUUCUUUUUUGUUACAACUUGUUAUGUUUCACCCAUUGCCAAAAUCAUUCAAUAGUGUUAUUGUCGGCACUUGCGAGUGAAAUGAAAAAUGCAAACAAACUGUAUUUCAUCACAACAAUUAUUUAUUAUCGAUAAAAAUACUGAGUUCGUUUAAAGUUGGUAUAAACCACUGACCGUAUCUUUUCACGUUGUGAAUUUCGUGCAAGGCCCGAGCAUAUAUUGAUGAUAAUGAUCAUAGCAUUUACUAUGUCGAAACGCAUAUUCGACUCUUCAGACCGCAGAAACUAUUUGAAAAAGGUAACCGUUUUAGUGUUCCAGAUAGGAAAUAAUCGUCAAUUCUACCACGCUUUCGUGAAGUAGCGCAAUCUACUAAAUUUAAUGAAGGUUUUUUCAUUGCAUUAGUUCCUUGGCUUUAUAUUCCUGGGAGGACUACGCGUAAAUGGGUUCCUGGGUGAACUACGCGUUCAAUUCGGCGACAUAUGUUAAAGACAGCUAAUAAAGAGUGAAUUCGGAUUUCAUUCCAAUUUUUAUCUUAUGUGCCGGCUUUGAUCUUUCUCCUCACCGUUUGUAGAAUACCCGUCCCAAUUUCAGUCUGACAAUAUUACCAUUGCUGACGCCGGAAUGCGGAUAUCUAUGAAGACGAUAAUUGACCUUCUUAUAAUUUUACUUUUAUAUUGUGCCUGUUUUAUUUUCGUAUUAAAUAUUGAAUAAAAACCCGGCAAAGUCAUUGCGUGAAUCCGGAAUGUUAUUUUGAGUUUAAAUAAUGAUUCAAUAAAUCGGCAAUAAUGGCAAUUUUACUAGUCAAUUAAUACUUCCUUGGUAAAACUUGGGAAAAAUUUCGCACAACAAUUUGUUACUUUGUUUACCGUUUUCAAUUUUACGAAACGACUUGAUGCGCUUUAUGCAAAACUUCGAAUUGAAACAAUA